UGUAUUUUUUUCAGGUAUAUUGUCCUUUUUUAAUAAACAUCAUUGAGCCAAUGGCUACAAAAACAAAAUUUACUGAAGGUGAGAAGGUCUUGUGCUUCCAUGGUCCUCUCAUUUACGAAGCCAAGUGUCUUAAGGUGCAGGCCAAGGAGAAGGAAAAGCCUGUCAAGUAUCUGGUGCAUUAUGCUGGCUGGAACAAAAAUUGGGAUGAAUGGGUGUUGGAAAGCAGAGUAUUGAAGCUCAAUGAUUCCAAUCUACAACGACAAAAAGAUCUACAAGAUGCUCAUGCGGCAUCUCUGAAGCAGAAGAAAGCUGCCAAGAAGUUUCUGGAGAAGAAGCGUGAGGGAGGCAGCGGUGGCAGUAAAGGUGGUGCAGGCAGUGGUGGUGAAGACAGCCGCAGCUCCACACCCUCCACAGAUAGUUCCAGUAAGCGGACCAGCAGCGCUGCUACGGCUGACGCUGCACAGUCAUCGGACACAGAAAACAAGGAUGACGCCUCAGACGCCAAAAAGAAGAAACUCAAGCUGGACUCCACUGUUGAAUCUGAGGAGCAAUUUUUAGGUCAUGUUGAAGUGCGGAUCAAAUUGCCUGAUGAGCUGAAGCCUUGUUUGGUUGACGACUGGGAUUUGGUGAACAGGCAACGCAAACUCACGACUCUACCUGCCAGAGUGACCGUGUCCUCUAUACUGGCUGACUACACUAAGGCCAAGAUCAACACCAAGGCCAAUACGCCCAACAAAGAGAGCGCUAUCCUGGAGGUUGUGGCCGGUCUGAAGGAGUAUUUCAACGUGAUGCUGGGCAAACAGUUGCUAUACAAGUUCGAGCGGCCACAGUACGCUGACUGGCUGCGGGAACAUCCCGAUACCCCCCUGAUGAGUGAAGUCUAUGGGUACAUCCACCUCGUGAGGCUCUUUGUCAAGAUGGGGGAGAUGCUCGCCUACACGCAGCUAGACGAGAAGAGCAUCGCCAUGCUUAACUUCCAUCUACAUGAUUUCCUCAGGUUCCUGGUGAAGAACAUGUCAAACUACUACAGCGUUCAGGACUAUGGUAUUGCACCUGCUGAGUACCAGCGGAAGGCCUUGUGAGGGGGCGGGCUGAGGGCGACGUUAACCGCGUAACUCAUUGUGAGGGGCUUAGGACGACGCAAGGUCUUAGGACUCCUCAGGGACCAGCGCAAAUCUAAGUCAUCGGUCCAUGCUCUCUUGAGCGAAUAUAAGAAAUGAUCUGAUUUAAUCGCGAAUGAUAUCUCUUCAAUGUUGCAGAAAUCGGAGGUUAGGCGGAAACUUGUCUCGAGGUUUGUAUUAGCAUGCUUGACUUUGAACUAGACGUGCUUAUCUGUCCAUCUUUUACCAUGAAUUGUUCUGAUCCUUUGGUCGUUUGCUUUCCUGUAGUCAUUUUUUUCUUCUAUUUGAUCUGUCAGUAUUAAGAUCGUACUUUUUCAUGUAAUAAUUAGGCUCAUGUUGUAGAGCUCUAGAGUUUCUUGCCCUUAAUUUUGUUAAAUAGUUGACUCUCUCAACGAAAAGCCGCCUGGAUUGAUACUUCGUCUUGUUGUAAAAACAUAAUUGUUACUCAAUUUUGUCGUUUAUUCGUGUUUGUCAAUGACGACUAUUUUGUUUCGUGGUACUGGAUUUGAACGAUCUCAUCAGCGUUAAAUAAGUGAAUUGUUCAUUUCUUGCACGUUCGGUUUCUUAUUCGUAAUGAAUAGUGUACUAUAUGCGCCGGUUGAUGUGCGUUGUUUUUACAUUACGGAUGAAUUGAUCCGUGCCGCAUUAGACUUUUCUUAUACUCUGACUUUAUCUACCUUCCCUCUUUUCGGUGCUGAUGCCUGCUGGAUAUUGGUGGAAAAUAUGUACUGGAAUUGACGCUACGCAGAAAACCUGACUUCCAACCAAGCAUUUGAAGAUUCAUUUUAUUGUUUUGGCUGCAAUAUGAAGUACGAUCGCACAUUUGUUCUGCUAUGGAGUUAUGAGUAUGCAACUUGUGCCAGUGGUUAAUAAUUAUCAUACGGACUCGGAUACGUGCACGCUCCUUUUUUGGAUAUUCGGCUCUUGGAUAUUUUUGUGCGAAUCGGAGACGUUCCAUUUUUAGCAUCAAUAGUUUUACUCGCAAAAUAAUUUUUUUAAAUUACUUGGGCGAUGGUCAAGUAUUAUUUUACGUUGUCAGCUUCUCAUUACUUCUUCAAAUUAUCAAUUCUAACCACAUGAGAAUUGAGUUUCUCACUGGUCUGAAAGGAUUUUGAUUUAGAACUUUUCAUCUUGAAUGAUGAAAAAUUUCAUGUUUUCAUGAACUUUUAAAACUUGAGUUUGUCCUUACAAUUGUGAUGUGUUGUUGUGUAACCUAAAUGUUAAAUUAUCAAAAUGAGGCAUGAUCUUCGUUGAGGAAAUGCGUUUAGAACACUGUUGUUUCGAAUGUAUUUGUUCUCAAAUUUUUUUGAAUUAGUUCUGACAAUUCUAGUAUUUAAGUAUAAAGCUAAUGAAUCAAUCGUUCAAUACUUUAAUUCCAGUAGUGUUCAUAUAAAAUUUGUGCUUAAUUCUGCGAUGAUUUACGUCAUGCCUCCUAUGAGAAGGCAUUUGAAUCUACAGCUGACUACCUGCCUUCCAUUAUGUUAUCCUGUUGCAUUGAUGAUCGAAAUGAAAUUUGACGUUACUCAUUUACUUAGACACCAUAAAAGUUUUCGUCCGCUGCAAUAAUUCAAUUAUUGAACGGAAGCCACUCAAUCUGUUUGACAUUUACUGAUUUGUCGUCGUUUAGCUCCAUCUCAAGACGAUUUUCCGUCGUCAGAAAAUUUUUUUUUGUUUAUUACUUACACUGUGACCUGAUGUAUUAUAUUUAUGAUAAACUGAAAUUCUUGCCUGAUUCAGUGUGUCUGCUAACAAUUUCAUUCUGUACUUCCAUUAUUUGUUAGUAUGGCAUAUGAAUUUAUGCCAGUUGGCUCGGUAAUAAUUUGAUUUAAUUAGUAUUCAGGAAAUUUUCAGUCUUCAAUUUCUAAUAAAUUAAAAUUAAUAUUCUCAAAGAAGUUAAACUCGUAUGCGUUAAAAGUUCUGCAUAUAAUGCGUUUUUUCAAUACGAGCAACACUAUGUUGUCGGUGAAAAAUCGUAUCCAGAUGAAUGUUUCCGGGUAAAAUAAUGUGGCCUAGUCCAUUCAAAUUUUUUUUUUUAAUGUUAGCGGUUUCGAUCUCUUAUACGGCCACAAGAUGUUCCCAGAUCACGUGUUCAAGUUACGUUAUCUUUCAGGCCCUUAGAAUUCUAAUGGUCUACCUACAAAUAACCACUAAUUUAAGAAACUUUUCAUACCAAGAUUAGAUCGAUUUGGGCAAAGUUUACGCAUCAUUUUUUAGAUCCAUUCAGAUUAAAUUGAACCAUUAAAAUUUUUCCGUUAUUUAUAUAAGAUACUGCUAACUGCAGUUUUCAUCCCAUUAGAUGGUGCAUUGUGAAAGUCCUCGUCUGUUCAUAGUUGAUAUGCGCGAUUGUCUUUACAUUUUGAAAUAUAGCGCAGCAUGCGUAGUUGACGUCGUAAGUUCCGUGUUAAGGCAUAACAUAAGGAGCGAGUCUCAUUCUCAGAUUGCCUAUUUUCUAACGUGGAUAGAAUAAGUGUUGUCUCCAUGAAGUUAAGAUUUCGGUUUCUCGUGGGCGAUAAAUAGAUUUGGUGCACUAUUAUAUUCAACCGGAGACCUGUAUAAUCUUGCAUACGUGUAUUGUGAUGCAUUAAAGGAUGGCAAUUC